GCGCGCCUCUUUGGCAGCUGGUCACAUGGUGAGGGUGGGGGUGAGGGGGCCGCUCUAGCUUGCGGCCUGUGUCUAUGGUCCGGCCCGUCGUGUCCAGCUGCCGGGGACCGAGCUCGGGUGUAUGGAGCUUCAGGACCCGGCUCCGGGGCCCCGAUAACGGGCCGUCCCCGCAGCUCCUGGCCCGAGGUGAGGGUCUCCUGUGAUCUGAGAAUGGCCACCCCUCGAUAUGAGCCAGUGGCUGAGAUUGGUGUCGGUGCCUAUGGGACGGUGUACAAGGCUCGUGAUCCCCACAGUGGCCACUUUGUGGCCCUCAAGAGCGUGAGAGUCCCCAAUGGAGGAGGCACUGGAGGGGGCCUUCCUAUCAGCACAGUUCGUGAAGUGGCCUUACUGAGGCGGCUGGAGGCUUUUGAGCAUCCCAAUGUUGUCCGGCUGAUGGACGUCUGUGCCACAGCCCGAACUGAUCGGGAAACCAAGGUAACCCUGGUAUUUGAACACGUGGACCAAGAUCUAAGGACCUAUCUAGACAAAGCACCCCCACCAGGCUUGCCAGUGGAGACCAUCAAGGAUCUAAUGCGCCAGUUUCUAAGAGGCCUUGAUUUCCUGCAUGCCAAUUGCAUUGUUCACCGAGACCUGAAGCCAGAGAACAUCCUGGUGACAAGCGGUGGAACCGUCAAGUUGGCUGACUUUGGGUUGGCCAGAAUCUACAGCUACCAGAUGGCACUUACACCUGUGGUUGUUACACUCUGGUACCGUGCUCCUGAGGUUCUUCUGCAGUCUGCAUAUGCAACCCCUGUAGACAUGUGGAGUGUAGGCUGUAUCUUCGCAGAGAUGUUUCGUCGGAAGCCUCUCUUCUGUGGAAACUCUGAAGCUGACCAGUUAGGCAAAAUUUUUGAUCUGAUUGGGCUGCCCCCAGAGGAUGACUGGCCCCGAGAUGUGUCUCUACCCCGAGGAGCCUUUUCUCCCAGAGGGCCCCGUCCAGUGCAGUCAGUGGUGCCUGAGGUGGAGGAAUGUGGAGCACAGCUGCUGCUGGAAAUGCUGACUUUUAACCCACACAAGCGAAUCUCAGCCUUCCGAGCCCUGCAGCACUCUUAUCUACAAAAGGGAGAAGGUAAUCCAGAGUGAGCAAUGGAGUGGCUGGAACAGGACCAAGAAAAGGAAGAGAAGCUAUCGUUUCCCUUCCUUUGGACACUUGAGUGGAGAGACCCCCCUCCCCACUGAUAAGGCAAUCUGUGCCUUAGCCUCUGCCUUCAUCUCUGAGGCUUUGGAUAUCCCUCCAACUUUUUACAGAGAAUAUUUUGCUGCCUUAAUGAUGCCCAUCUCCCACCCCUCCUUUUGAGGCAUAGUCUUUUCCCCCCUCAGCGCCCCCCCCAAUUUCCCUACACCAGGGGGUAUGUCCUGUCUUCCCUUCUUCCAUACAUUGAUACUGGGUUCUUGUUUUUAUACAGGAAAAAAAAAAAAAUGUGGUCUUUUUUUUUUUUUUUUUUAAUAUUUCUCUGACUUUACCACUGGGGUUGGGGGUGGGGGGUGGGUUUGGAAAAACCACUUAGUAGAAGGAAUUUCCUCAGAGAACCUUAAAGACUUUCCUUAAGUCACAGGGCCGAGGCAGUCAGUGGAGCUCCUUGGAUGGCAGAGAAAAGAACGUGUUGCUUCUUUGAAUAUCGGGUAAAAUGACUUUUAUUUUGAUUUCA